GAGAGGUAUGCGUGUCUGUCUGUCUGUAUCCCUAUCUAUUGACAAACAAACCAACGAACUACCCGGCCCAGUCCGUCUGAAUUAUCUGUCAGCCCAUGAACCGCAUCGCAUCGCAUCGCAUCGCAUCUGUCGGCUCGCAUUGCCGCAAUCGCAUCCAAUUAACUAAUCGGUCUAUCUGUCUAUCUCAUCAGUCCUCCUCUUCCAUGGCUUCCUCGAUGAGCUCCACGAUGAUGCUGCCCAGCCCGCCCUUUCCCUCGCCCCCCUCCAGCAUACGCGCCACCUGCUGCCCAUACGCCUCUAUCGCGCCCUCCACCACGCCCCUGCCCGAUGCCACAAACACACCUGUAAGGACACAUCAGCCAGCCAGGAAGCAACAGAGAGGAGAGAGUGAUCGAUUGAUUCGAUUCAUGCAUCCAUUCAUUCAGACUGCGGCGACAAGGCCGACGUACCUGCCAGUCUGCGUGUGAAUGCCGUCCACAAAGGCGCCCCCCUCAUCUGCUCGUCGCCCAGCCCCCCCAGCCGCCCCGCCAGCCACGACGUCGCCAUGGACCCGAUAGACGAUUCCGUCACGUUGGGCGCGGACAGGAACUCCUCGGCCUGGUCGAUGGUGAAGCCCAUAAAGGACGAGAGGCUGUUUUCAAAUGACGGCCACUCAGCGUCGUCGGCCAGCGAUGCCGCCAUGCCGUGGACGGCCUUGAGAACCGAUCCCUUGGCCGUGUACAGCGCCGAGACAAUUGACGGCGGGGCGGGGGGGUCUCGAGCAGCAAAGGCUGAUAUCCCUCUCGCGCCAUCUCGCAGCAGCGACCGCCGUUGCGAGAUGAGCAUGAGGGCCGUCGAGGCUGCAUUGGUCGCCAUGACGUCUCUGGUCUCCUGCUGGAUGCGAGGCACGAUGAACGAGGUGAGCAGGGGGCCCACAGAGGCCGGGGCGAGCGUGUCGACCAGACUCUGCAUGAUCCGCCGGACCCCCCCGUCGGUCACGUCGGUCACGAGGCGCAUGAAGGUGCCCCAUCCCUUGUUGCGCUUGAGGCAGUCACGCGCCAGCCGGUCUAUGACCGUAUUCACCAUUGACACACCCGUAGCCAUCAUGCCCUUCUGCACAUUACCACUGCCGGUCAGGGACUCCACGGCGGCCGACUGGACGAAGCUGCCGAGGUUGUUGGUGAAUGACGGCCAGAAGGGCAUCUUGUCCAUGCCCAUCUGCUGGCCCACACUCUGCACCAUGCCACUCGCCAGGCGGUCGAUGACGCGCCCGUUGCCGCUUUCCAUCAGGCCGGCAGCCCGGCCCAGGAAGAGACCCAUGAGUGAGUCGCCUUUGCCCUGGGCGGUCCAUCUGUUGGCGAGGUGGUCGAGCAUCUUGUUGAGUGGCGUCUGGGUGCCGGUAGGCGGCCGUGCGUGUGGCGCGCCAGUAGGAGUGGGUGGGAGGGUGGGGAAGGGCAAUGGCGUGGAGGUGGUGGCUGGCACGGCGGGGGAAUGGGGGGCUGACGAAUCAACAGACACAGAGCAACAGAGGGAGAGAAAGAGGGUUACGAUCGUGUGGUAUGUGAUGUAUGUUGUGGCUGGCUGCCUGGCUGGCUGGCUGGCUGACCUUGCCCUCCUCCAGAAAGGGCCGCCUCGGCCUCCUUCCUGCAUUGGCUCUCACUCUUGCCGUUCCGCGCCAACACCUGCGAUGAAAAACACCCUGGACACACACAAACCGACACAACACAAAACACAAGACAACACAACACAACACAACACACAUCAUCAUCCAAGGGCAUUUCAUUCCCUCCCACCGACCCCAUCCAUCUCUCUCCCUCCCUCCUCUCUAACCCUGCAUAUUCGGCGUGCCGCAGCGUGUCCCAUCGCCGACAUAUCGGCACACAUACAGCCUCUUGCCGACAUUGACGCCACACCCCAACUUGGCGGCGCCCUUCCACACCAUGGCCGUGAAGUGGCCCGUCGACCCGCUAAACCCGCGGCCCGGCCGCCACAUCCUCACCUCGCUGUACCAAUCACGCGUGGCCGAUGCGGCGCUCUGGUGGCCGAGAGCGAGGUUCUCACCUGCAGGCACCACACAGAUAGGUGAGAGAGUGGGGGAGGGGGGCAGGUGUGGUGUGUACCUGCCGGUCCUGCGCAUGGUUUGAGGCUGUAUGAGGAUGAGUGCUGGAACUGCCCUCUGUUGGCGUGUUCCUGGGCUGACGCUGCCACACACGUGUCGUACUGCAGGAAAGGGGCGCUGUGCAUACACCGAUACGUGUUGUGAGCCUGAACCAACACACACAGAGAGAAGGAGAAGAUGGCGCGUCCACGGACUCUCUCUCCCACCCUCCCUGGCCACCCACCCUCCCACACCACCCACCAGCAGGAACUCCUUGGCUGUGGCGUCUAUCUGAGUUUCCUGGCCACUCGUCGUUGAGCUUCUCGAGUUUGUGAGAAAGGCGGCAUGGUUAUAGUUCUGCUGUCGGGGCCAUGGCGAGUAGUAGCUGCUGCCGCUGCCGCUGUAGUAGGGCAGCUGCAGCCGGGGCAGCUGCGCCAUUGCGGCGGCAGCCAGGGAGGAGAGGAUGAUGAUGGGGAGGAUGGCCAUCAGCUAGUGACACGAGUGGAUGAAACGGAUCGAGGGAGGGGAGAUCUACGGGACUAUGGGGAUGGAAUCGUUGUGGAGCGCUUGGGAGCGUUGAAAUUGAUGUGCGUCUGCUGCGCG